CAUCUGCACGAAAAAGAAUAUCAGAAAUUGUGAAGCCACUAGGAGAUCAAGUAAAACGUAUACAUACAGAUGGCUUUAUUAUAGCUGGAAAAGUAGAACUUAAAACAGGAAUAGAAAUGGAUGAGCUGAAAUUUGAGAAAAAUAGAGUUUGUGUAGUAAAAAUUGUAUAUCAAUUACAUGGAAACC